UGCGCGCAGGAAGCGGAGACGCGACGGGGGCGACUGAACUCCAGGGGCCUUGGCCCUGGUGGGCUAGACCUGAGCUCUGGGGCGGCGGCAGCUGUUGUCGCGAAGUGACCGGGUCCCACCACGCAGGGCUCACCCUCGGAACUCAGCCGGGUUCUCGCAGCGCACCCUGUCUCUUUGCGGCCGAGCGUCCCCCCACCCCCGCGUCGGAGCGUGGGCGUGUGGUGGAGGCGGAGCCCGCGGUCCCAGUACCGGCGAUUGGCUGAUUCCGCUUUCCUUUCGCCUUCCUGGCUGCGGGGCUCAGGUGUGAAGAGACCGCCGGUGUAGGACCCGGCGCCCGGAGGAAAUGAGCUUUGCUUUUCCAGUGAGGUCUUAACCUCGUUCACCCGAGUUUGAGCAUCCAUCAGCCGCAGUUUCCAGAAAUAGUUGAGGUUUAUAUUAUUUUUUGCGGUCGGUGGAAGAUGUUGGCAUUUAUGUUCGCCUCUCCGCGAGUAUUUUGCUGGGGACUUAAACGACUGAUUUUUCCUUAGAAACACUAUUCUUUCCCUCAGGGGCUUAUAUCCUUAUUUUCCAUGACAGAUCUUGACGACAAUAUUUGCAAAAAAUAUAUAAAGAUGAUAACUAAUAUAGUUAUAUUGAGCCUGAUCAUUUCCAUUUCUUUAGCUUUCUGGAUUAUGUCUAUGACUGCAAGCACCUAUUAUGGUAAUUUACAGCCUAUUUCUCCUUGGCGUUGGCUGUUUUCUGUUGUUGUUCCUGUUUUGAUCGUCUCUAAUGGCUUUAAAAAGAAAAGUCUAGACCACAGUGGGGCUUUAGGAGGGCUUGUGGUUGGAUUUAUCCUAACCAUUGCAAAUUUCAGCUUUUUUACUUCUUUGCUGAUGUUUUUCCUUUCUUCUUCAAAACUCACUAAAUGGAAGGGAGAAAUAAAGAAGCGUCUAGAUUCAGAAUACAAAGAAGGUGGGCAGAGGAAUUGGAUUCAGGUGUUCUGUAAUGGAGCCGUGCCCACAGAGCUGGCCCUGCUCUACAUGAUAGAAAAUGGCCCUGGGGAAAUUCCAAUAGAUUUUUCCAAGCAGUACACUGCUUCCUGGAUGUGUUUGUCUCUCUUGGCUGCCCUGGCCUGCUCUGCUGGAGAUACGUGGGCUUCAGAAGUUGGUCCCGUUCUGAGUAAAAGCCCUCCAAGGCUAAUAACAACCUGGGAAAAAGUUCCAGUUGGGACCAAUGGAGGGGUCACAAUGGUGGGCCUUGCCUCCAGUCUACUUGGUGGUACCUUUGUGGGCAUCACGUACUUCCUCACGCAGUUGGUUUUUGUUAAUGAUUUAGACAUUUCUGCUCCCCAGUGGCCAAUUAUUGCAUUUGGGGGUCUGGCUGGAUUACUAGGAUCAGUUAUAGAUUCAUAUUUAGGAGCUACAAUGCAAUUUACUGGUUUAGAUGAAAGCACUGGCAUGGUGGUCAACAGCCCAGCGAAUGAGGUGAAGUACAUAGCAGGGAAACCGAUUCUUGAUAACAAUGCAGUGAAUCUGUUUUCUUCUGUCCUCAUUGCCCUCUUACUCCCAACUGCUGCUUGGGGUUUUUGGCCCAGGGAGUGAACUUCUCUUCAUUUACAAAGGUUGAAACUGUGGUAAAUUCAGCUAAAUUUGCAAUUCCAGGUUUCAUCCUAAGAAGAAUAAUUAUAAUGGCAAAGAGGAAGCACCAGCUCUUCCCAUAUUCAUUGUGAUGAAAUUCCACAUUUUCCCUCAUUAACUCCCUUGUAACAGCUAACCUCUUUGUAGUGAAAGAUAAGUGUACAUAGAACUUAAUUCAUAUUUUUCUUCUGCUGAAUACUUUCUUGAGCAUUGAAGCUAUAAUAUCCCUAAAUAUUGGACUAAAAGUGUAAUGCCACUUGUGCUAGUUACCCAAAUUUUAGUUUUGGGUGGUUUAACUGAUGUGUGUGGAAGCCUGAAUAAGUGUAGUCCUCACUUCUUCCAUUACUUGCCAUUUCCAAUUGUGACAAGUGUGGAGGAUGGUUCUUAGUGAGCUACUCCACGUGUGUUCUUCCUUCCUCAGGGUUAGUAAUGAAAAAAAAGUAAAUGUCUUUUUCAUAUGACCAUUAAAAUGCAUGAAAAAAUUAUUUUUAAGUAAAAGCAAAAGAGAUUUAUCUUCUGUUGAAAAAAAUGUGCACCUUAUAUUUCAGUUGAUUUUUGAGCAGAAAUUAUCUUGAAUUUAAUAUUUUUAAUGUAUUUUCUAGCUUUCUUUGAAAAUUGUAUAGGAAUCUCUUUUACUUUGGCACCCUGAACAGUUAGUCACUGGAAAACUAUUGUAAUAAUUUUUUGAUUUGCUACCUAGAAUUCAUUGGAAGAUGCUAUGAUUUCCUAUUCUGUGCUUAAAUUAUACUCUCCUGUACAAUAUAGACUCAACUAAAAUGAA